UACUUACCUUUCCCCAGGCAUUAUGAAAGACUUCUACUUCGGAGUUACUAUCAUAGUUAUAGAUCUUUGCUUUCCGGGAACGGCGACAACCCCACCAAGAAAAAGCAGUGUUCUCCACAAUUCUGAGCGCCACUGCGAUGGGCCUCUUCUGACAAGCUGGUCUACAAGGCACACAUCCCAGAUAGCAGACACCGUGGAUGUGAGCUCCCCUAUCUCUCCAGUCCUCUUCCAGUCUCACACGAGAAAGGAAUGGCAAAUAACACGCCUGGACCUCAGUAACCACAGCAUCUCGUUCAUGACCCUCAGCGCUCUCGCCCCUUUUCAUGCUUUGGAACUACUGAACCUCAGCAACAACGCCAUGCACUCCCUCUGGCUGGAUCUGCCCCUGCCUCGCCCCUCGCAGCAAAAACGCCACACCGGAGGCGGAGGCGGAGGCGGCUGGCCCUGCAGUCUUCCCCGUCUAAAGGUGCUGAUACUUCAAAGAAAUCAACUCCGUGGCACUCCUAAAGGACUGUGGAAGCUGGAGUCGCUGCAGAGUCUGGAUCUGUCAUUCAACAGGAUCGUUCACAUUGGGCUGUCUGAUUUUCAUAGCUGCCUCCAGCUGGAGCGCGUCUAUUUAAAGAGCAACAAGAUACGCACUGUUCACCCAGACGCCUUCAAGGACCUCAAAAAAUUACAGGUGGUAGACCUCAGAAGCAAUGCACUGACCACCCUUGCACCCAUUGUGACCAUUGCUCUAGAAUUACCCCACCUGGAACUUGACUUGGCUGAUAACCAGUGGCAGUGUGGUGAGAACAAUGCCAACUUCCAAAACGUCACCUCUGCAUCCUGGAGGGAAAAGUGGAAUGCUAUCUGCAACAUGUCUGUGGGGAAUGAGAAGCCAUAUUUGGAGACCCCCCAGAUCAGAAUUUCCAGGAAUACGCACCUUCUUCCUACUCCGAGUGAUGUGAAAAGCCUCAUGCAGAACAAAGCAGAGAGACCCCAGGGAGGAAUAGACAGUCACCUUUCAGCUCUGGAGAAGGAGGCGCAGGUGGACUAUGAUGAUCUCAAGGAGAUAUGGCCACAGCCCCCCACAGAACUCAGAGACUCCGAGGAUGAACACGUCACCGACAGAAAGGAUGACGCCCCAGACCUUGUCCUGCCCAUCUGCCUGUCGGUGUUCAGCACGUUUUUGGUGGCUUUCUGCCUGGGCGCUUUCGCUAGGCCUUAUAUCGACAGACUGUGGCAGCAAAGAUGCCUGACCAAAAGGCCUGGCUCAGAAAAUGCUUACUCAAACGAGGGUUUCUAUGAUGACGUCGAAGCUCCCCGACGAGUACAGCACCAAGGGACAGAGCCGCACCAAGCUUCCCGCCACCUAAACCUUUAUGAGAGACAGAACCCCUCCCAGGUGACAGAGCCAACCCCAUACAGUGCUGCCAUGGCAGAAAGGGUCCUAGGGAACAGCAAAAUGGAUCUCAGCAGUCAACAGAGCCCGGGGCAACCCGAGGACGACACUGGGGCAGGAAAUAGAGACUGUGACGUGCUUCCAUAUGGCCACACAGCCCACGCGGCUCUCCAUGGACUUCCGAACGCUGACACUCGCCAGCUGAUUUCGGCCGUGCAGGAUCACCGCGAUGUUCCCGAAGAAUUACAUUAUGACACAGUGGUUCCGGAAUAUUCUCUCUAUGAGGAUGUGAUGGAUAGGUCUUCCGUUCUGGGAACAGAGGAUAGUGGAUGCAAUGAACUGCGCCUGUCACAGUCAAGAGAUGUUGUAGCUCCUGUCUCCAAUACUCUAGUACAUAUGAACACACAAGGGUCUGGAGAGAGUAAGGAAAGGGGGUCCCCUGAAGCUUUGGGAGCUAUGGGCUCACUGAUGGAAUCUUCUGAGGAAAGGCAGGUGAGCGAUUCCAUUAGGGGGCUGGCCACACGGCAGCCAAGCUUCCAGGAAGCCGAUGCUGAGGAAAGGUUUUCAGAUGUCUACGAUGAGGUCCUACACAUUGACCCAAGAGAUGUAGACCCACCCUCCCUUACACCAAGGUGGGACAGUGGCCCUCAUGUCACACCUGCCCCUGAGGAGCCUGUGCUGAGAGGUGCUCCUUUUGACCCUCUUUAUGACUUGGUGGCCAAUUACGAGUCUGAUUCUGAUGAGGGCUCUUUGUUUACCCUUAGUUCUGAGGGUUCUGAGGACACGAGGAGCUUGCCAGAAGAGCAGGCAUCUGUGGAGAAGGGUGGGGCCAGUCAGCCCCUCCCCAGCAGGAACUUGGGAGAAUACAAGGCUGAUGUGAGAUCAGCAGAAAGUGAUGAGGACAUCCCCUCAUCACGAAGGAUUCUGAAGAAAUGUGAAAUUCGGGACGGUCUCCUUGGAAACCCUCUCUUUUCUGGUCCAGACUCGUUUGUUGAGAUGAAUCUGGAAAGUGACUCUAACUCCAUUGACCCUGAGAAUAUAUCAGCCUGGCCCCAAUCCCCAGGCCACACACUAUCACAUCAUGAGACCCCAGGCACAUUUGUAUAUGAUGUCGACUUGGGGCAGAGGCAGUAGGCUGGCACUGCUGCCUUGGAGACCUGAAUUCCCAAAUGUGGAUCAUUCACCACCACCACCACCACUGCCGCCGCCGCCGCCGCCGCCGCCGCCGCCGCCGCCGCCACCACCACCACCACAUUCUGCUGAAGAUCCCUCAGAUCCCAAGGGGACUGCCACCAAAGAGAAGUAAACAUGAGUAAAUAGCCACCUUUUAUGGCUGGGGGAUAGAGCUCUGUUGGUGGACUGUUUGCUCACCCGCACAAAGUCCUGGGUUCAAUCCCCAGCUCCGUGUAAACAGGGCACAGUGGCACCGACUGUAAUCCCAGCACUCCGGAGCUAGACACAGGAAACAGCGCUCAGACUGAAAUGAAUUUUUCAGGGGGGGUGAUGGGACAUUCUGGCAAACACAAGCCCUAUCACUCCAACCAUCAGCUUGAGACAGACGCCGGAUCUCCAUGACAAGGCCUAGUCUCCCACUCAGACACCGGGCUCACAUCCCCAAAUCCACGUGGAUCGUCCUGGAAACUACAAGUCAUUGUUUCUCUUCACAAAGUCACUUUGUGAGUCAACGUUAUCACAGUGUCGAUCCAGUAAAUCCGUUUACAGUUCUCAGUCUUGACUUCUCUGUCAUUUCCUGCAUCUAUCUGCACAGCCUCUAAACUCGAGUGUGGUGUGAGCUCCUGACUGCCUGGGUGGGGAGACGGUUGGCACGCGGUCUGGAUCUAAGCCAGAGAAUUUCUACUGAAUUAGGGUUUGCCUAGGAGAAGGAAAGUCAUGGAGUUGGAGGAAGGGCACCAAGAGUCUCCGGGUCCACCUCAUGGCAUCACUGCUAGUUCUCGGGAAUCUAGCUUCUCAGUCACUCUCACAGAGGCUCGGGCCUUGACUCUCCUGUCUUCUCACCGGGCUCACAUUCUUUUGUGAGAGUUCUCAGGUGUCAGGGCUUCUACCGCCACCUACCUCUCUGCUAACAUUUCCUAUUUCUGGAACUCUUGCUCUGCAAUCUUUUGAAGAUUUGGUUCUCGCAUCCAGUUGCCUAUCUACUUUCAAGGUAAAGGCAUCCACACUGAAGCUUAUUCUGUCCCCUCAUCCCUGCCACCCACCGAAUCUGGUCCUUCAUGUCCUUAUCUCACCAUUCACACCGGGCUCCAUCCAAAUAUCUAAGGAUUACUCUUUUGACAUUUUUCUCCAUGGUUCCCAUAGUUAACUUAGUUGUCAUUAGGUAUAGCCAGUUCAAAGCCCUAAAUAUCUGCCAAGUCUCUUCCAUCUCCUCUGUCCACUCUGUCGCAAUUCUGUCACUUUGUCAUUCCCACCAGAUGGGUCACAACGUCGCACAGACUGCCUCCUACAAAUCCAGUGUUAUCCAAGAGUCUGCAAGGAAAUAGAACCAAUAUGGUGCCUGGAGAUAUAAGGGAAGGUUUACUGUGGGCACCUGACACAUGAUGCUGGAGGCAUGGAAGUUCCACCAUCUGUUCCUUCCAAGUUGGUGCCUACCUACGCCAACAAUACCGUCCCAUCCAAACAACGGAAGUUCAGAAAAAUGUGGAUCAUGUAAAUCCCACCCUGAGUCCAAAGCAUUAAGAACCAGGAGCACUGAUGCCCAAAUGAGGUGGGAAAAUGGCGGCUCCCUAAGUAUGUCAGAGACUUUCUAGUCUCAAGUGGGCUUAACUCCGUGGUCAGGGUCACAGUCGCUCAAACCUCUAUGGCAUCAAUGGACAUUCCAGGUUCUUGGUGUUGCAAACUCAAAGAGUGAAUUUCACAAAUAAUGAAGAAUAAGUUCAACAAGGAGCUUUAUUAUAGAGAGAAAGCAAGUAUAGAAAGUGGAGGGAGUCUCAAGAGAGGGGCUUUGUCCAGGAGUUAAAAAAAACUUUUUGACUAAAGAAGUAGAUAAGUCUUUGAAAUGACUGGGCCAAGAUGUAAGGACACAUGGGCUGGUCAGCCCAGCCGGCCCAGCCAUAAGUCCCCACAGUGGACAGGAUGUCUCUCCAUUCUGGUGACUGGGUUGAGAUUCUGGCACAAGUAUUCAAAGACCAGUGAAGAAUCUCUCAUGCGUAGCUUCCAGAAAGCUAUAUUCAUUAGGUUGCUAUACUAUAGAAGAAAGAGUAAAUAAAUACAUAAAUAACCUAGGACAUGAACCAAACCAAUGCCUCUUGGCCAAAUCAUGUCUGGCAUUUUCAGCCAGGACAGAACAGCCAUAGAAUCAAGGCCAUUACUGGCUCCUGGCCAGGACAGACCGGGUUGGUUUUGGAGGUCCCCACCCUAACUACCUGUCAAGUUUCCUUCUCCUCAUCACAAGAGCAUGGAAGUUCCAGCCCAAGAAGUGAGAGACACUUGCUCCUUCCUCUGCCUUUUUGUUCUUGGGCCCUCAGGGACUGGAGGAUGCUGUGUGCACAUCUGAGUGGUACUCUUCGCUGGAUCUACUGAAUCAAAUGCUAGUCUCUUCCUGAGACAGCCGCUGGGCACACCUAGCACUAAAGCUUGGCCUGCUAUCAGGCCAUCCCUUUGCCCUCAGAACAUAAAACCAACCACCACACUCUCCAUCCUGUAUCCCUCACAAUGCACACAGAAUGGUUGCUCAGAUGAAGAUAUGGCCAUGUGACUUUCCCACCUGCCUGUUUCUAUAAAACUCCACCUAACUCUGUUUCCAGACCUUUGUCCAUGUCAUUUCUGUCCAAACCCUCUUUCCAAAGUGUCCAAAUGAGCCUCCUUUAGCUGACUAGUAUCUACACAGGUCUCAUAUUUUGUGUUACCUACUUGGGGAACUAUUGGACCCUAGACUAACUAAGUUAGAUUUCCCUGUUACAACUCUCACUACACAUCAUUAACUUCCACAGAGAAGAUGCUUAUCGUGUGUGCAAUUAAAUAAGUGUAUGAUCAUUA